UCUAGCCAAUAUUUCAAGUUCGCAACUUUUUUCUACUUGAAGAGUAAACCCACCAAAAAGCUAUACAAAAUAGAAAGCAUUCUGCAUAGGGUUUUACAAAGGCAACAGUAGCCAUGGCUCCUGAUGCUUCAGCUGCCCUUGAAGUGAGGCAGAAAGUUCAAAACUUUUUGAAUGCAGCUUGCACUGGGAAUCUUGAUCUGCUCAAGAAGAUUGCGGCUCAACUUGAUGACGGGAAGGGACUGGCGAAAACAGUGGCGGAUAUUAAGGAUGCGAACAAACGAGGGGCAAUUCAUUUCGCAGCAAGAGAGGGCAAGACUGAAGUGUGCAGAUUCUUGUUGGAAGAAUUAAAGCUUGAUGUUGACACCGGAGAUGAAGAUGGUGAGACUCCUCUUCUUCAUGCUGCACGACAAGGUCAUACUCUCACCGCAAAAUACCUUCUAGAACGCGGUGCGAAUCCUUCUAUACCCAGUGACUUAGGUGCCACAGCAUUGCAUCAUUCAGCUGGAAUAGGGAAUAUUGAGUUGCUGAAGCAUAUGCUGGCUAUGGGCGUUGAGGUCGAUUCUCAAAGUGAUGCGGGCACCCCUUUAGUUUGGGCUGCUGGCCAUGGUCAACACGAUGCUGUAAAGGUUUUGUUAGAGCAUAAUGCUAAUCCUAAUGCUGAAACUGAGGAUAAUGUCACCCCAUUAUUGUCAGCUGUAGCAGCAGGUUCACUUGCAUGCUUGGAUUUGCUGAUUCAGGCCGGUGCCAAAGUAAAUAUUACAGCUGGUGGCACAACCCCAUUGCACAUUGCGGCAGAUCAUGGAAACCCGGAAUUAAUAAACAGCUUACUGAAAGCUGGAGCUGAUCCUAAUGUCACUGAUGAGGGUGGAGAGAAGCCCAUACAGGUUGCUGCAGCCAGAGGUCAACGUAAGGCUGUCGAGAUUCUUUUUCCUUUAACAUCAAGGAUUGACGUCAUUCCAGAGUGGACAGUAGAUGGGAUUCUUGAAUACAUGCAAUCUGAAGCUAGCAAACAACUGGAGGAAAUGAAAAAUCUGAAGGAAGCUAUGGGAACAAGGGACACCACAUUGCCUACAAGGGAUCUUCCUGAGGUGGCGCCUGAAGCAAAGCAGAAAGCUGCAGAAGCCAAGUCAAGAGGAGAUGAGGCUUUCAAAAGAAAAGAUUCUCAGACAGCUGUAGAUGCAUAUACACAAGCAAUUGAUUUCAAUCCAACUGAUGCGAGGUUGUUUUCAAAUAGGAGCCUUUGUUGGAUUCUCUUGGGACAACCUGAGCAGGCGUUUUCUGAUGCAAAGGCUUGCAGAGCAUUAAGACCAGACUGGCCAAAAGCUUGCUAUCGGGAAGGUGCCGCCCUGCAUUUGUUGCAGAAAUAUGAUGAAGCAGCCAAUGCCUUUUAUGAGGGUGUGCAGCUCAACCCUGAAAGUAAAGAACUCGUAACUGCUUUUAGGGAAGCUGUUGAAGCAGGGAGGAAGUUUCAUGGUGAAAAUAAGGAAAAAUCUUAGUUUACACUUGGCUGCUAAUAGCACCAUGGUAACUGAGAAGAUGAAUGCACCAUGAACAUGAGAAUGUACAUUAGGAGUUAUCCACC